AUGUUUAGGGAGACCAUCGGCAUCCUUGCGGAAAUAGCACCUGGUGUAAAACAUUUAGUGGGUCUCAAACCGAACGAAAUCAGUCAAAAAGCCUUGCCUCCAUGUUUUUUUAUUCUUUUCAUCUUCCCCUUCGGGUUUUCGAGGCGCUACCUUGGAGUACACGAAUUCUCUCCUGACGAUGAGGUGGAGGCCGGCCGGAUAAUAGAUCAAGUAUUAAUUGAACAAUUGACUGGUUGUCCGCCGGUAGAUAGCUCGCUACUACCAUUAUCUUUGAUAGAGCCAGUUAAGGGGACCAAUUUGGGCGAUGAAGCCAUCCAAGUCAGCCCCAACAUCGAAUGGCCUACAAUUAACGAGUUUACCAAAGAAUUGGGAAAAGAACGCAUAGCAACUUACAUAAAGGUAUCCUACUCAUAUUUAAAGCAUUGA